AUGGUACUCCACGUGUUGCCGCUUCUUGACCACAAGAAGCUCCUGCCGCCGCCGUCUCCCCACGACCCGCCUGCAGACGGCACCCUCGACGGAUACGUGCUAAACAGCCGGUUUCUCUUCGCCACGAAAAUCGGCGCCGGCUCGUUCGGGCUCAUCUAUUUGGUGCGGGACUUGGCCACCGGCGCCCGCUACGCCGCCAAAAUCGUGUUGGCCGAGCCCAGCCCCACGCCCCGGCCCCGCGGGACGGACGCCAAGGCACAUGUCCAGGACCGGAUAUGCCAGUAUUUUGCGGGCCACCGCCUGCUCCAGGCCCGCGUGCUCAAUCUCCAGGCCGUGGAGAGGGAAGGCGCCAACAUCGCUGCGGUCCGCGAAAUCGCCCUCCAGUUGAAGGUGCGCCAGCACCCCAACGUGGCCACGAUCCACCACGUGCUUGUCCUCGGCGAACACGCCGUGGUGACGUUGAUGGACUACUUCCCGCAGGGCGACUUGUUCCAGAGCAUCAUCGACCGGCGCGUGUUCCUGGCGCCGCCGGCGCACCAGGACAGGCAGCUGCUCAUGAAAAACUGCAUGCUCCAGUUGAUCGACGUGGUGCACUUCUGUGCGCAGAAAAGCGUGUUCCACUGCGACUUGAAGCCCGAGAACGUCAUGGUGUUCUACGACCCGGCCUACCGGCGGCCGGCCGGCAGCAAAGCCGUGGACUACGCGGAGCUCCAGGUGUUCCUAAUAGACUUCGGCUUGGCCAUGUCGUCCGGCCUGAUCUGCUGCAACGUGUGCCGCGGCUCCAGCUUCUACAUGGCGCCCGAGCGGAUCGUCAACUACAACACGUGCGGCCUCGUCAAGUCGCUCAUAGACAUGGAGGAGUUUGCGACGGACGGCCUGGCCCACGCGGAGCUGGCGUCCAAGCUUUUCCCGACGUUGGCCGGCGACGUCUGGUCCUUGGGCGUGUUGUUCGUCAACAUCACGUGCUCCAAGAACCCGUGGCCCAUCGCCAACAUCAACGACCGCCAGGAGGUGUUCCACAACUACAUCGUCAACGACAGCAGCCUCCUCCGCUCCAUCUUGCCCAUUCUGCGCCAGUUCAACCAGGUGCUCAACGAGAUCUUCGUGCUCAACCCCGCGCGCCGCAUCGGCUUGCCGAAGUUGGCCCAGAGGAUCCUUGCCUGCGACUUUUUCGACGACCCGGCGCUGUUCAACGAGCAGUUGUACACGCCCCCGGCCGAGUACUCGCCGUUGGCCACGGAGCCUGUUUCUGUCUGCACGGAGAUGGGCCUGAGCAAAGCGUCCCUCCAUACGUUCGGCUGCCCGACCCACGGCUGA